CCGUACGAAUGCAAUCUUUGUGGAUACAAAGCUCGAUGGCCAUCAGAAAUGACGCAACAUAUGAAAAAUCAUUCCGAUGAAAAACCGUAUCAAUGUCCACAAUGUUCAUACAGGUUAUGUUUAUGUACUACUACGAAUUUUUUCAUAAAUUACAAAUUAUCAAAUUUAAAUGUAUUAACCUUUAAUAAAACUGCUUACAUUAACAUUUAUUUGUUUAGUCUGGUUUUUGAAUUUAAUUAUUAUUUUCUGCUCAUCGUUAAGUCACAUACAGGCAUUUUUUUCCAAAACUUGAAUUAA